AUGGCUGUUAUGGUUGUAGCAACAAGCGAAGGGGGGCAAUACAAUGGCAAGAUUACAUGGUUUGUGUUGCUAUCUUCUCUUGUUGCUGCAACCGGGGGGAUAAUCUUCGGCUAUGAUAUCGGAAUUUCAGGUGGAGUGACCUCAAUGGAACCAUUUCUCAAGAAAUUCUUUCCAGAAGUGUACCAUAAGAUGAAGGAAGAUAGUAACAUUAGCAACUACUGCAAAUUUGAUAGCCAAUUGCUGACAUCUUUCACCUCAUCGCUCUAUGUAGCUGGCCUUGUUGCUUGUUUCUUUGCUUCGACAGUAACUAAGGUCUUUGGGCGCAAGCCGUCAAUCCUCAUAGGUGGUGCUGCAUUUCUAACCGGUGCUGCACUUGGCGGUGCUGCUAAUAAUGUAUACAUGUUAAUAUUUGGUCGAGUUCUUCUUGGAAUUGGUGUUGGUUUUGCUAACCAGUCAGUCCCCUUGUACCUUUCAGAAAUAGCACCAGCAAGGUAUAGAGGAGCUUUUAACAUGAGUUUCCAACUCUGUGUUGGCAUUGGUGUUUUCUCGGCCAACCUCUUAAACUAUGGAACUGCAAAGAUCAAAGGAGGCUGGGGAUGGCGAAUUUCCCUGGCGAUGGCUGGGGUCCCAGCUUUAGUUCUGACUGUAGGGUCAUUAUUCCUUCCCGAGACGCCCAACAGCUUAAUUCAUCGUGGCAAUGGUCAUGAAAAAGCCAAGCGGAUUCUGCAACGAGUACGAGGCACAGAUGAUGUCCAAGAAGAACUCGAUGAUAUGAUAGAAGCAAGCAAUAAAGCAAAAGCCAUAAAACACCCAUUCAAAAACAUCAUACAAAGAAAAUAUAGGCCUCAACUCAUAAUGUCCAUAGCAAUACCAUUCUUCGUGCAAGUGACGGGUAUUAAUGUGAUCUCCUUCUAUGCACCAGUACUCUUCCGAACAAUUGGUUUGGGUGAAAGUGCAUCACUCAUGUCUGCAGUGGUAACUGGACUAGUUGGUACAAGCACAACGUUCUUAUCAUUGCUGUUGGUCGACAAAUUUGGUAGAAGACUUCUAUUUUUCAUAGGUGGAAUUCUAAUGUUUAUUCCGCAAAUGGUGAUUGGAGGUAUAAUGGGAGCUAAGUUAGGGGAUGAAGGUGGAUUAAGCAAAGGAUAUGGCAUUUUGAUUCUGAUUUUGAUCUGCAUAUAUGUUGCUGGCUUUAGUUUGUCAUGGGGUCCAUUGGGAUGGGUCGUAACGGGUGAAAUUUUCCCACUGGAAAUACGGUCAGCUGCGCAGAGCAUCAAUGUUGCUAUUAAUUUUCUCUUCACUUUCCUCGUUGCUCAAGUUUUCCUAACUAUGCUCUGCCAUUUAAAGUCUGGAAUUUUCUUCUUCUGGGGAGGAUGGGUGAUAAUAAUGACCGGAUUUGUUUAUCUUUUUCUACCAGAAACUAAGAAUAUCCCUAUCGAAAAAAUGGAUAAAAUCUGGAGGGAGCAUUAUUUCUGGAAAAGAAUUGUUUUGAGUAAUCAAGACCAUGAAGAGAUCAAGAUUGAAGGAGCGUGA